AGAGAGGAAAGAAAGAGAGAAGAGCAGAACGAGGUUGUGAUGAGUGUUUGAUGUCAGAGUCUGUAUAAAGCCGAGGAUUUGGGUUGGCUCACCAAUCACCCCAAGAGGCCGGAAGAGCCGCAGCUCAGGAGAACUUCUGUCCUAUAUGCGGAUUAUCUGUGACAUCCUCCCAGAUGUUGCGCCACCAGGACGCACCGCGCAACGCAGCAUGCUCAUCUCUUGUAUGAGAUCAGAAAGUCUUAUUUCAUGGAUAAAAAGCGGAAACAGGAAUGGAUAUUUGUGAUCUUGGAAUUUUGAUGAAAGAAAAUAAAAAUGAGGAAGAAAAGGGUUUAAUCUGGCUGUGCCAUUUCUCUGAGCGGAUGGCACAGGCAGGGCGGCGCACAUCCGGAGGAACGGACUUCACUUGGUGACUUUAAAUUGACUGAAAAGUUAUGGAACCUCCUGAGCCAACUCAACCCGCGAACGCCUCCAACGACAGUUUGAUUUCGUCUCCAUCUGCUGAUGAUGAGAGCGCAGAAAGCCUCGCCUACCAGAUCAGCCUGGCUCUGAUCCUCUCGCUCAUCACCCUCGCCACCACCUUAUCCAACGCUUUUGUCAUCGCCACCAUCUCCCAGUCUAAGAAACUGCAAACUCCUGCCAACUUCCUGAUCGCCUCCCUGGCAGUCACCGACCUCCUGGUGUCCAUCCUGGUAAUGCCCAUCUGCGUCCUGUACACGGUCAUCCACACAUGGACGCUGGGCCAGAUCGUAUGCGACAUCUGGCUCUCCUCGGACAUAACGUGUUGCACCGCGUCCAUUCUCCACCUGUGCGUAAUCGCUUUGGAUCGGUACUGGGCCAUAACAGACGCGGUGGAGUACUCCAAAAAGCGCACGCCGGCGCGCGCAGCCGGAAUGGUGGCCACGGCGUGGGUGAUCGCCGUGUCCAUCUCGCUUCCGCCUCUCUUCUGGAGGCAGGUGAAGGCGGAGGAGCUGACCAGCUGCAGCGUCAACACGGACCACAUUUUCUACACCAUCUACUCCACCUUCGGGGCUUUCUACAUCCCCACCUUGCUCCUAAUCGUCCUGUACGGCAGGAUUUACGUCGAGGCUCGGAAACGGAUCCUCAAACAAUCCCCGAAGAAGGUCGGGAAGAGACUCACCUCUGCGCACCUGGUCACCAACUCUCCCGGAUCCGUGGCGUCCACCACCUCUCUGCAGUACGGGAGGCACGACACUCCGAGCGACACCGGCUCCUCCACGAGCGACAACCAGGUGAAGGUGACGGUGUCGGACGCUCUUUUGGAGAAAAAGCGCAUUUCAGCAGCCAGGGAGCGAAAGGCGACCAAGACUUUGGGGAUAAUCCUCGGCGCGUACAUAGUUUGCUGGCUUCCGUUUUUUAUUUACACGUUGCUGGUGGCCACAUGUGAGACAUGUUUAAACCACGAUCUGUUUGACUUCUUCACCUGGCUGGGGUACCUUAAUUCUCUCAUCAACCCCAUCAUUUACACCAUGUCCAACGAGGACUUCAAGAAGGCUUUCCAAAAGCUGGUGCGCUUCAGAUGCGGCCGCUGGUGAACUCGGAACUUCAGCCUCGGAUAAUAUUUAUUUCUUAUUAUUAUUUAAUGUAGACUCUGGAAAUCCUGGAGGAUUAAUGAAUUGUGCAUGCAAAAAAAAAAAAAAAAAAAAAAAAAAAAAACACAGGCAUUAAAAUCGAUCCACAUCAAAAUGUGUGAGAAAGGGAAGACAUAACAAAAAAAUCCUUUUUACGCACGUUAUUAAAUUACUUUCCUGCUCAGAUUAAGUAAUUUUAUGUUAAAUAUUUGACUUUAAUGGCCCAGAGAUAAAUAAGGUUUCAUUUUUAAACUCUAAAUGUUUAAUAAAUGACAAAAAGGUAAUGAUACUGCUUGUGCGUGAUUUCUCUGAUGAGAAGGAAGAUUUCACGCACACAUAAAAACCUCCAGCAGCUGCUGCUGUGUUCAUUUUUGCUGAACAAACAUCCCAGUUUUCCUGCGUGUCUCUUUGCUGCUGCAUUAAAUCUGUAGCAUGUAACAGGUCACUAUAGGGUCAUUGCCUUACUGAUGCAACGUUGACUAAGAGUUUGAGCUGCAGAACAAAUAGCGAGAGGAUUUGUGCAAUAAAGCAUUUUAAGUGUCUGGCAUAGAUCGGUUUGCUUUGCCUGAAACAGAGAAAAACGAUACAUUGAAUAAAACAUCCUGAUUGUGUUAAAGGCUUCUUCCUGCUGUGGUUGUGCCUUUUGCUGCAGUUUGGUGUGUUCCUAUCGUCGCUGCUUCCUCCAUGUAAUCAGCUGCUGUCAGAAUCCAGUGAGUAAUGGUGGACAGUGCUCAUCUUUUUCGAUGUCACACGGGGUAGUCAUCAUGUCAACUCGUAUAAAUACACCGGUUUCCAAGGCCUCAGCAGCUAUAAAUGGGUUACAGAAUAUCAAAAGCAACAUAAUUGGUAAUAAAUACUAGUUCAUAGUUAUUUUAACUGUUUUUCACAUUCAAAAAGGCAUAGAACAGAAACAGUUAGCUAACAAUAGGUUUUGGUGAAAAGACUCAUAUUUUUCCUCACAAAAACAUGAAUAAAUCAAAACUUAAUUUCUGAACCUUGAAUUGACCUCAUCUCUAAUAAUUUCCCAUUUUAUGUAAAAAGUGAUUGAAUAAGCGUAAUGAAAUCUUAACCCCUUUAUAGGGAACUCACUGAAGUAGUUUAAAUUUUAAAAUUUCAAACCCAGGGUGUUAUUAUGGUAUAUAACAAAAUUAUUCUUCUGUUGUUACAGUUUUUAAUAACAGCUAUUUAUAUGCAGAAAAUCACAGAAAACAAAAGGAUGAUUUCCUGUAAUUCUGAGAGUCAAUGUAAAGGCACAUCACCAUUUUUUAUGAUGUGAGUGGAAGUGUUUAAAUAUAGACGCUGGCCCUUUAAAGGGUUUUAAUGACAUGUCAGAAAGGUUCUUGUCAUGUGCUUUUUUUCUCCUUUUUAUUUGUAUGACAUGUUCUGUAUACUCUACUUUUCAAAAAGAUUUCAGCAACAGGUGUUAUCUUUUCUAGAUGCAGAUGGAUUCUUUGCGCUGUGUUCUAAAAAUGCUCCGAUGAGCAAACCGGAACAGAAUCAACCACAAGGCGUGUAAAAGAUGAGGCAGAUAUAAAAGAGAAGCCGAACAUUCAUGACCAAACCUGUAUUUUGUUUAAACAAAUCCUCUGUAAUAAAAAAAGUAUAUAUAUUUAUUUAUUUAUCAACAAAAUAUGUCUUACAUGUUAAAAAAACAGCUGUCAACAGUAAACUUUUGUUUGUAAAACAUGUAAACAGACUCUUACGAUAACAGUGACAAGCUCAUAGUAGCCAAUGGUUUAUUAAAUAAAAUACUAAACAAAUCAAGUUAACCAUUAUUAAAACAGAACACAGACAAAAGUUAACAGAUGUUAGUGAUAAUAUUAGAAGGUUUAUCAUUUAAUUAUAUAUAAAUGUAUUAAUGAAAACACAGUACUUCCAGUUACAUUUUUAAAACACCAAACUUUAUUUAUUACUUACAACAUUACAAGGAAGAUAAACAAACACAAGAAUAAAUAGGAACCUAAGAAAUACCGGUAGAUGAAAUUUUACAAAAAAUGUGCCAGGGGUUUGUCAAAGUAAAGAACACAAUAAUAACUUGGUUGGGAUACUUGAAAAAAAAAACAUUUUUAAGUUGUCCAAGUCAAAGCAAAGUCAUCAGGUCAUUAAAGCCAUUCUAUGCAACUUUUUCUUAUUUUCUGUCAUUUUCUUGAGCCAGCAUGUGCUAAAACGACCC